GGGAAACAACAGGAACUCCGGGGUGAGGGAGAGGGAGGGAAAGAGUAAAAGUGAGAGUGAGAGAGGGGGAUAGAGAGAGAUCCCUCUUAUAAAGCCAGGUCUGGUCUCUUUGGGCAGAAGCGGUGAGACCCGGGCUUUUGGGGGUCCGAUGAGCCAACCACUGUCUCCAUAACUUCCACUCGCGGACCGAGUUCCUCUUCCCGCUGAGCUGCAGACGUGCGUCGCGUCGCGUGAGCAUGAAGCACCGAGAGCUGACGAAAGGCUCCUCGCUCCUCUCUGCGCGCGUCAGUUAGAUCCAAAUCCCUCCCGUGAAGAUGACCUCCGCCACACCUCCCUCCUCCCGUAGCUCCUCCCCUCAGAAGGUGUGCCACUCGCAGACGCAGACCGACGUCCUGAAGCCCUUGCUGGGGGCCGGUGUCUCUGGAGGGGGGGGGACUCUGAGGAAGAGGAGGCGCGUCCUGUCCAAAGAUGGGCGGAGCAACGUGCGCAUCGAGCACGUCAGCGGGCAGAGUGCCCUGUACAUGCGUGACCUCUGGACGACCUUUCUGGACAUGCAGUGGCGCUACAAGUUCUUCCUGUUCACCGCCACGUUUGCUGGGACUUGGUUCCUUUUCGGGGUCCUGUGGUACCUCAUGGCCAUGGUGCACGGAGACCUGCUUGAGUUUGAUCCACCUUCCAACCACACACCGUGCGUGAUGCAGAUGCAGACCCUGACGGGGGCCUUCCUCUUCUCCCUGGAGACCCAGACGACCAUCGGCUAUGGUUUCCGUUGCAUCACCGAGGAAUGUCCUGCCGCCAUCGUCCUCCUCAUCGUCCAGCUGGUCAUCACCAUGCUGAUGGAGAUCUUCAUCACCGGCACCUUCCUCGCCAAGGUGGCCCGGCCGAAGAAGCGCGGUGAGACGGUGAAGUUCAGCCAGCACGCGGUGGUGUCGACCCACGAGGGGAAGCCCUGCCUGAUGAUCAGGGUGGCCAACAUGCGCAAGAGUCUCCUGCUGGGCUGUCAGGUCAGUGGAAAACUGCUGCAGACGUCUCUGACCAAGGAAGGAGAGACGGUUCGUCUGGACCAGAGGAACGUAUCGUUCGAGGUGGACAUGUCCAGCGACAGCCCUUUCCUCAUCCUGCCCCUCACCUUCUACCACCUCAUCGACGACAACAGCCCCCUGCGAGCCUGGGCGGCCAAAGGUGGGGGCUGGACGGAUCCAGAGUUGGCAGACUUCGAGCUGCUGGUCAUCAUGAGCGCCACGAUUGAGCCGACAUCGGCCACCUGUCAGGUGCGCACCUCCUACCUGCCGGAUGAGAUCCUCUGGGGCUACGAGUUCCCCCCCGUGGUCUCCCUCUCCCCAUCCGGAAAGUACGUGGCGGACUUUGCUUUCUUCGACAAGGUGGCCAAGACCAAGACGGCGCCCGUCUUCAAGCCGUCCAGCCCGCAGCGCGCGUACCAGAGCAACGGCGCCGGGCCUGUGGCCGAUGUGUCCGACCCAGAGAAGAUCCGUCUGGAGCAGAACUACCGGGACAGAGGGGGGGAACGAGGCCGGGCGAGAGACACUCCCCUCAGUGUUCGCAUCAGCAACGUGUGAAGACACAGAAACAGAUGUGAAGGGUGACGGAGUGGAACGAAACAUCACGUGGAGACGCUCUUGGACUGAAUGGAACCUCUGGACGAUGUCUAGGGAGCUCCAGGGGACUCCGAAAUAAAACAUGGAGGACUAUAGAAGAAUGAAACUCAUAUGAAGGCCUAACACACUGCCUGAAUGCAGCUACUACUUAAACUUCAGUGUGGCGAGUGCACACACACACAUACACACACACAUCACAUACACACUUUUGUAACAAAGUAAAUAACAGGUGGAAAUUUUUAUUUUCACAGUAAACCCGACAUGAAAAACAGGAGAAAAAUCAGGGAGGUGCAAGUGAAGCAGUUCUCGCUCCUCCCCUUCUUACUCAAUGUGAAAUCAAGAACAACUUGUGUGACUUAACCUACAAUACUUCAUUAAAACUAAUCCCCAUAAAUGCACACAUGUUCCACAUAUUACGUCAUAUGUCGUGUGAUUUGUAGUUUCUCUGUUUAUAAAAACACCAAUGGGUGAUGUUAAGUUUUACUGAACCAUAAAAACACGUUCAUGAUAUUUUUAUAUUUCCUGUUGUACAUCGACGGAAGACCUCGAGACCAAGACACACACACAAAAUUACAACGCACUGUAAAAUGUUAGCGAAGCACUUUCUGUUAAAGUAGAACUGCAAACUUCAGAUUGAAUUUAUUGUGUUGAAGCCUCGUCUGAAUCUAUUGACGAUUUGGUCUGUUAUUGACAUUUAUCACUAUAUAUCUUAAAUAAGCACCUGAUGUACAUUUACACCUUCAGAGAGUCAGCUGUUGAACUUGUGACCUUGUUGUAGGAAGAUGUGCUUUUUGAUGCGACUAAAACACUUUUUAUAUUAAAUAUCAUUGAAUUUGAAAACGAAUAUUUAUAGGAAUCCUCUUUUAUUUCUGGGUCGAGGCAACAAGGAACGUGAUGAGGACCAGAGGUGAGAGCUGAGGAUGUAAAAAUGAUCUUUGAGUCAAAAGUGUUGAUGAUAUUCUGAUGGAAAUGUGUGACGAUGAUGAAGCAAUGAUGAAGAUGAUGGAGUUAAAUAUGUGGGAAAUUGUUUGUAUUUGUUGAAUUACGUUUUAUUGAAAGAAAGUGAUGACGAGAACAUUAAUUAAUAAAAUAUGAGCCCAGGUUAUAAUGUGAAGGUAGUUACAAGUCACCCACAUAGAGACAUAUAAGGCUUUAUUUUAACCAUCUUUGAAGUGAUUGGUUGUUGCUUCAAGGGAAAGUGAAACUUCUUCACACCUUGUUUUCAUUGUUUUAUUUCCAUUCUGCAGAAUGAGGCUGGGCGUGGAUUUUCUCUUUGCUCUUUAUUUGCUGACAUUCUGUGAAGCACAAGGUGAGGACUUUAUUUUAUAUACAAGUUGGGUUAAAAACACAUUUUGAGCUAUCUGUGUUUCUUUGUGGUUAAUCAGGACUCGUGUAGUUCCUUCUUGUGCUGAGCUCUAAGAGGCUUGAAAUGUCUCAGUAUA